CUAUGGUCACUGUUAGUGUUAAAUGAUGGCACUGCUGAUAUGUUUCAGAUGAUUCGGAUUUACUGUAAGACCAAGUCGAUUUCGGUCUUCGUCGCCAUGAUGGACGGGUUCUAUGUUUUCCUCCUGUUGGUCUUCGUGUUGAAUGGGGUAUUGCAUGUACAGAUGCUUCGGUUUUGCCAUGGUCGCCAGCCGACCUCCACGUACUUUUUUCUCUUCAUGUUUUACCCACAGACGAACUUUUCCUCGGUUUUUCUUCAUCAGACCUUUCGUUCCUUAGGUGCUAGGACGUUGUCCAUGUCAUGCAGCGACAAAUUGUGCAAAUGGUCGGUGAUGGGCAUCCAAGGAUCCCCUAUAGGUCUCGUAUGGUACCAAGGUUUAUCACAAGUCGAAUGUGUCGUCGACGGCUACGUUCAGGGUUCUACGAAACGCAAGAGAGAUACAGACGUGUGCGCCCGUAGCACGGUAUGCCGCUGGAGUAUUUCCAGAGAAUAUUUCAAGAUUGUAUCACGGAACCGCAUAGCACGCAAGUUCUCAGACAUUGAAUAUGCGAGUCUUAAAUCCUCACUUCUGUAUAAGCAAACCUGGAAUCAUCUCAAAGACACUUAUGGCUGCUGGAUUUCUGAUUCACAAAAAAUGGACGCACAGAAGUUUCAUAUUUGCCUAGAAAGCAGUGAUAUGUAG